CUCGCAGGCCGCCGCCGCCGCCGCCGCCGCUUUCCCGCCGCUUGCGGGCCCCGCGCGCGCACUGCCAUGGCCGGACACAGCAACGCCAACAACAGCAGCCCCGGGCGCGGCUCCUGCAUUGUGAUUGGAGAUGAUGAACAAGGUUAUGACCUAGACUUGUUCUGUAUACCAAAACAUUAUGCAGACGAUUUGGAAAAAGUCUACAUUCCUCAUGGACUUAUUAUGGACAGGACAGAAAGAUUGGCACGAGAAAUUAUGAAGAGUAUGGGAGGGCAUCACAUCGUAGCUCUCUGUGUACUUAAGGGCGGCUACAAGUUCUUUGCUGAUUUACUGGAUUAUAUCAAAGCCCUGAACCGAAAUAGUGACAAGUCUAUUCCUAUGACCGUCGACUUCAUCAGGUUGAAGAGCUACUGUAAUGACCAGUCAACUGGUGAUAUAAAAGUAAUUGGCGGGGAUGACCUCUCAACAUUGACUGGGAAGAAUGUCUUGAUUGUAGAAGAUAUAAUAGAUACUGGUAAGACAAUGAAGACCCUGCUGUCUCUGCUCACGCAGUACAAUCCAAAGAUGGUGAAAGUAGCCAGCUUGUUGGUCAAAAGAACACCUCGAAGUGUAGGAUACCGGCCUGACUUUGUUGGAUUUGAAGUGCCAGACAAAUUUGUGGUGGGAUAUGCUCUAGAUUAUAAUGAAUACUUCAGAGACUUGAAUCACAUUUGUGUGAUAAGUGAGACCGGGAAACAGAAAUACAAGGCAUGACAGCGCUGGUUUCAGCACCACAGCGACAAGAUAUUGAAGCUCACAUCCACAGUGUCCAUUUUCCACUGCCUUUAGGCUCUGGUCACCAGCUUAAAUUGUGGAGCGCUCUGACUUUGUUGUCAUUUGCUUGCUAUAACUUAUUGCAUGUACAGUAUGGGAAUCUUAUCUUGUUCAUUUACAUUUGACAAACUAACAGAGAGUGCAGUUGUUCGCUUCUCUCUCCUCCCCCCCCACCCCAUUUCCCCCUCCCCUCUCUUUAAAUUUGCACUAUGAAUCUCCUGAUUCUGGCUCCUCCCUUAAUGGGAAUUUGCUGCGUGUUGAACCCAAGUUUAACUCUUCAAGACAUCCUAUUUCUUCUUUUCUUCCCCCUUUUAAACAUCAACUCAGAACUGAAAUAGUUACAAGUACUGUAAAUGUAUAAGGCAUUUUAAGAUGGGAAAUCUAUAUUAGUAAUAUUUUUUUAAAAAAACAAGUAAUUUAAGUUUUAUAUUGUAAUGAAUACAAAAUUUGGGGGUGAUUAUUGGAUAGCUGCUCAAGGGGGUUGGUUUAUAGGUGCUGUUUCCUAUAAAAGAGCCACACGGGGCAGCUGUUGAUGGUUGCUUUGUUCUUGAAGGAGUUUGGACAAUGUUCUGCUAAACUGCUUUUUCUGGAAUUGCCUUACUUGCCUCUUAGAAGAGUUCUAAAAUUAAAAAAAAGAAGCCAUUUUGGCCUGAAAAGAGAGCAAGGGACAAAGUCGAAUGUUUAAGCAGCUACCAAGGUUUUUGUCUUCUGUAGGAAUAACAGCACAGUCCACUGGGAAUUUCUCUCACCUAAGUCCUAAAGAAGAAAACCAGGGAUUCAUUUCCAUGAGGCUCGCACACAGGAAGUUCCAGGUGGAUUGUGUCCUGUUUUUCCUUUCUUUUCUCCAUCAGCUUAGCAGAGUUGCCUUUCAGAUCUAACAACCUUCAUGCAUUUUACACCAAUGAAAAACGAUUGUAAUGUUGACUGUAUGAAGUGCACAAAACCAAUGCUCUUUAAAAUAAAAGGCUAUCUCUCCAGAGGUAGCACUUUGACAGCUGCGACGGCUUCUUCCAUACGUUUGAACAUCUGUGGCGCAUGCCUCUCACCCACCCAAGGAAGAAAGCUCUGUGAGCCAAAGAGUGACUCUGCCAAGAUCCCAGCACUAUGUACAAUGUGAAACCUAUGCAGUACCAGGGAAGAAGUACGCAUUGCUUUUGGUGGGAUAAGAUUUCACGAUGUUGGAAAACACUGUUUGUUCUGCUCUGGCAAAGUAAAUAGCGAAGAUGAACUGUUCAUUAAACACCCAUGUGUAGACAAGCAGAGAGCA